CACUGAAGGGAGAGCGAUCCCUGCGCGCCUUUCUCCCAGUCAGGGCUCCGGUCCGCCCGUCUUCUCUCAGCUGCUUCCUUCCCCCCCUCCACACCCCAUGCCGUCUUCCUGCCCCAGAGUGCGGCGUGCCCUGCCGGGGCUCCUUUGGCACCUCAGCCUCUCUGUCGGGGUGACUCCAGCUCGUCCCCUUCUUCCUUGAUCCGUGUCUCCGACCCCGCUCUGACGUAGCGGGAGACCGAAGGAGGAGGAGGAGGAGGAGGAGGAAGAGGAGGAGGGAUGGAUGACUCACAAUGUUAUGAUGCGGUUCCACAACACACCGCCACAUUCGGCUACAGACGGUGCACAAAAACAGCCCUCGGGCUGCUCUGAAGCUGCUGCCGCCGCUGCUGUCCCCUUGCUACGACCCCCGCGCGGAGCCACAGCCGGAACAAGCAGGGCCGGAGAAGAAUCCCCCGGGAAGCAGGUUUCAAGGGAGCGAGCUCGAGGGGGUGGAAGCUGUCAGAACUGGGGAGUAGGCGACUUUGAAUGAACGUGCAUGGUGUCUCCCCUUUCGGUCUGGUUCUCAUCUGGGGGGGCCCUGGCAGUGCAGCCCCCCCAAACUUCACUUUUUUGAAAAACGGCUCUAGCCAACCUGCUUCGCUGCUUCACUUGUGAUCGCUUAUGUGGGGGCUGCACAGCGCCAGCUCCCCCACCUCGACAAGGCAUCGCUCUCCAGCCUGUCAUGCCCAGCUGUGAGCCAGUGCCACCAGCCGCCUGUCUCCCUACCAAAACUUUCCGCAGUUACCUGCCCCGGUGCCACCGGACUUACAGCUGUGUCCACUGCAGGGCACACUUGGCCAAACAUGAUGAGCUCAUCUCCAAGUCCUUCCAGGGAAGUCAUGGUCGCGCCUAUCUUUUCAAUUCUGUGGUUAAUGUGGGCUGUGGUCCAGCAGAGCAACGUCUUCUGCUCACUGGUCUCCAUUCAGUUGCUGAUAUAUUUUGUGAAAGCUGCAAGACUACACUGGGAUGGAAAUAUGAACAAGCCUUCGAGACCAGCCAGAAGUACAAAGAAGGGAAGUACAUCAUUGAGAUGUCACAUAUGGUGAAGGACAAUGGCUGGGACUGAGAAGGAAGUCUGGGGUCAUACCCUCCUGCGUAGCAUGCCGUGCCCUUUCGUAACCCCAUUGCCACAAGUGGCACCCCAGCACAACCAGCCCAGCUACCCUUCCAUCAAUCGCCUGCACAGCAUCAUCCAGGGGAAUGGAGCUUCCAGGAUCUUUCUCCCAAAGCCUCUUUCUGAAAUGCUGGACUCACUGUUUGGAGGACUCUACCUGUCCCUUAGAGCAGAAGAGGAAACAUGCAGGUGGUAGAGAGUGGGAGACUAAUGUGGGAGGUUUCGGAUUGGUUUUCCUUGGCCUGUGUAGGUUAUGUUACAUCCUAUUAGCACUUGUCAGCAUAACACUGUGGCAGCCAGAACCGAGAAUCUGGAAUCAGGUGUGAACUUUGCAGUCCAUUGUGUAAGAAAAAGAACCAAAAUACUUAAUGCAAUGCGACAUAAGGUAUGCUUUGGGGGAGGGUCAACAGAUCACUUUGACGCAUAAAAGCUGAAGAGAUCAUCUCUUGUAUCUCUAGCUUAAAUAAAGAAGGGCUGUGACAGAACUUCAACUACUGGCAUGGCCCUAGAUAACUGUGGACAGAUAAUGUUGACAGAAUUGAGCUGGAUAGAGCAGUGAUUCUGUGCAUUAUAAAGCAGCUUCUUGUUCUUCUCCUUUCUGAGGAGAAAUUAAGAGUUGUACAUCAGCCUACUGAUAUUGGGCACUGAAGGUUGGAUGGCGUAGAUUACAUGGGGAGAUAAAAGAUAUCCUGAAGUAGGGGACAGAGGAACAGUCUCUCCAAAUAGCAGUUAUUGGUCCCUUUCCCAGACACUGCAAUGGUAUUUUCCCCAGGUUUAUUCUAUGGAGUCCAUUAAUUUAGGUGUGAACCACCAUGUGCUUGUAAUCCCUGAGCACUAUGCUCCCUCCCUCAACUCCCUUACCAUACAUGAAGAGUGGGGCAGUGGGGGGUGGGGAGAAACAACACUUUAGCACUGUCACCAGCGCAGGAAUUUUUUUGUAUAAUAAAAUUGUUUUAUAUUUUAAAACAA